UUCGCCGAUCCCAAUAUCAAAGGAAACCUCCACACGCGUGCUCGGUCUCCAUCCAGUCGCCGGCCAAGAAACAACGCGGGCAGCCUCACUGCCGCUCAACCUUUGGUGAGGCUGAAAGUGCCGCCUUGGCCUUGGUGCGUGUCGGCAACGAACAUGCAGAUCCAAGGCCCGUGAGGGCAAGAAAUAAAUUAUUGAUUGCCAUGAUUGAAAUUGGGCUUCCUUGCACAAGGCGACAAGUCACGAUCCCGGGGAAUAAAUCAAGCUAAAAUGGGCCAAUAUAGCUAAAUCUCUCACGCUCAUGGAGGAUUUAUCGACGAGGAUGCAAUUCUGAGGACCAAACAAUCUAUUCGCGUCGCUUCGAUUCGUGUGGAAAGAUGAUUGCCCUCGCCUGUGUGCGCGUGUGAGAGAGUGGUAUAUCAAGACUGCAGGCCUCCAGGAUGCUCAUCUUCAUUCCCUCAAUCACAUUGUCACAGUGUCGUGGUCAAAGAGCUUUCAUUCCUUUCAUUGAUCUCCAGACUCUUGAAUAAGUCGGCUUUGUGCUUUGUUCAGCCUCUUCAAAGGUCUGCUCCAACACACUACUACCGUCCAGGCUUCUUGUUCUACCCAAGAACAACUCAGGCAUCAUCAGCUCGCAGUCUCUCACUGAAAGAAGCUUAAACUUCGUCCAACAUCGAUCAGCAUGCGCUUCACAAUCCUCACACUCUUGACCAUUGCGGCCUCCGCUCUUGGCCAGGAAGGCGGACCAAGAUUCCCCAUGAACCGCACCCACGGCGUCAACCACGGCGCCAACCACGAGGGACAUGGAAACCACCCUCGCGGUGAAGGGCAGCGCACCUGGGGCUAUGCUCCCUCCGGCCACCCCCACGGCCCACCAGCCUUCGUCAAAGGCAUGCCCGUGGGCAAGGGCUGUUUGAACAGUACCAGCGUCGACUACCUGGUCAAGGGAUACACCUACCUCCUCCAGUAUCCCGGCGGAGCAGACUUCAACGAGACAGCCGACGACAUCCUCUCCGACAAGUUCGCCGUGUGGAGCGACUCGAUCAACACCCUUGGGAACCGCACUCUCGGAACACCCGCGUACCCCUCCCUGCAGGCCUUCAUCGCCUCCCAGGCGGUGACCCCGCCGCUGCCGACGGUCGGGACCCUCUCGACGUCGUACACAUGCGACCAGAUCUUCUGGCGCUGGAACGCGACCGGGAUCGGCAAGGACGCCAUGCGCGUCCAGGGCAUGAUCCUCUUCGACGUGGACGUCGCCGCCGUCCAGAUCGACACCGUCUACUCCGAGUUCAACACCGCCGCUUUCUGGGUCGACCUCGGCAACCCGGAGUGUCAGGCCAGCAAGUAAACAGGCCGCGGGAGAAGUGCUUGGAGGGGAGAGAGGGACUGUGAAUCGUGUGAGUGCGCGCGUGUGUCGUGGAGUGCGACAACGCUCGAAGGAGCAAUGCUUUGAAACGCGGCGACCCUUGGUUCACCAUCAUGACGCUGAAGAAAUGACGAUAUGGGAGAUCGACUAUAUCAUUCGGGGGAUGUCCACUUGUGUCGAGACAGCGACGAACCGGUGGGAUUAGCCGUUCAGGGGCAGCAACGAGAUCAAAGCAUGGUUUUUGCCUUGAUCAGGGAAUCACACGAGGGAAGGAAAGCUCUGGCCGUCACGCGUGGCCGGGACGCCGUUGGGAAGGGCCGCCCAGGGGCUUGACGCAAAAUAUGGGUCUUCUCUCUCUCGCAAACUCGACAAAAAAGAGGCAUACGAACGGUGUUUUUGGUCCAGAGGUCGUCCUUGCCUGCAAUGGACCGGUUUUGAAGUGUUGGAAGCUCCUGGUAGCACACCCCGAAGACAACUUCAAGGGUUUCCUCCAGGCCGCGUGACCGGUGAUCCCCCUUUAUUCGCGCGGACAAGACGGGAAAAUGUGAUAGACAUGACACAGAGGGGGAGGUGAUGAAAGAUAAUAUCCAUUCCCUCCUCAGGCCAUGUUUUCGAUCCAUCCACCCAUCUAUUCAGAUAGACAAGCAAAAGAAGACCGAAUAAAUCAUUUGCAUUAGCGACAGGUUUCAAGGUUGCGAACUGGGUGACGCGUUGGAGAGGGAUGGGACCAUAAGUACAUCGUUGCGCACUGCUCGUGCUGCUUGGUAUAUAG